AUGGCAGAUAAGGAAGCCACUGUCUAUAUCGUUGAUGUGGGGAAAUCUAUGGGAGAGCGUCGACAUGGCCGUUCCGUAACAGACCUGGAGUGGGCUAUGCAGUAUGUUUGGGACAGAAUCACAACUACGGUAUCAACAGGUCGUAAAACUGCGACAAUAGGUGUCGUCGCCUUACGAUCUCAAGAAACCUCGAACGAACUUCAGGAAGAUGGCAGCUUUGAGAAAAUUACCGUUUUGCGAAACCUUGGGCAAAUGCUCAUGCCCGACAUUCGGCGACUCCAAUAUGCUCUUCAGCCGAGCUCAACCAACAGUGGCGACGCAAUUUCCUCGAUAGUGAUUGCAAUUCAAAUGAUCAACACCUACACCAAAAAGCUCAAAUACAAGCGGAGAAUCGUCCUUGUCACAAACGGGACUGGACCGAUGAACAAUGAGGGCAUCGAGGAAAUUCAGAACAAGAUCAAAAAGGAUGGAAUAGAACUUCUAAUUUUGGGAGCGGACUUUGACGAUGCAGACUUUGGUGUGAAGGAGGAGGAUAAAGACCCCCACAAGGCUGUGAACGAGAGACUCCUCCGCGAGUUUGCAGAAGGCUGUGGUGGUGCUUUUGGAACACUCGAGCAAGCUGUGUCCGAGCUAGAUAUCCCUCGGAUCAAGGUGACCAAAAGCAUGCCAUCUUUCAAGGGCUUUCUAUCUCUUGGUGACGCCAUGAAUUAUGGGACGGCGUUGCGAAUCAACGUCGAACGAUACUUUCGCACAUCUGUUGCCAAGCCUCCCUCAGCAUCCUCGUACGCCGUGCGUCCGGGUGGGACCGGGCAAGACGAUCUCGAGAGCAAUGAAGGGCUGACUUCCGUCAGAAUGUCGCGCACAUAUCAAAUUGACGACGAGUCUGCGCCUGGGGGGAAAGCUGAUGUGGAGCGAGAUGACCUUGCUAAAGGAUACGAAUAUGGCCGUACCGCUGUUCACAUCAGUCAAACCGAUGAGAGUAUCACGACACUCGAGACAUUUGCAGGAAUGGAGAUCAUCGGAUUCAUUCGGAUGGAUAAGUACGAUCGAUAUCUUCAUAUGUCGAACACAAAUGUGAUCAUUGCGGAGCGAGCGAAUGACAAAGCGUCUCUUGCACUGUCAUCACUCAUUCAUGCCCUCUUCGAGCAAGACUCGUAUGCGGUUGCCAGGUUGGUGACCAAGGAAUUAAAACCGCCGAUGAUCGUAUUGCUCGCCCCGUCCAUCGAGUCAGAUUACGAAUGCCUCAUCGAGGCUGUCCUCCCAUUUGCGGAGGAUGUCCGCUCUUACCAAUUUCCACCGCUGGAUAAGGUGGUGACUGUUUCUGGGAAAAUUGUCACCGAGCACCGCACUCUUCCAAACGAUGAGUUGAAGCAGGCCAUGAGUGACUAUGUGGACAAUAUGGAAUUGGAUGGAGACGAAUUGCCAAUCGAGGACUCUUACUCUCCGCUUCUUCACCGAAUCGAGUCUGCCGUACGACACCGUGCGGUGCAUCCCAAUGACCCAAUCCUUGAGCCAUCGGAGCAACUCACUAGAUUUGCACACCCGAGUCAAGACUUGAUUGAAAGAGCCAAGCCUUCUUUAGAGAAGCUAGUUUUGGCAUCCAAUGUCAAGAAAGUCCCGCCCAAGACGAAGGGUCGUAAGCGUCUUCGCGAAGCUGAGAAACCGUUAUCCGGUCUCGACGUCGAUGCGCUUCUUAAGCAAGAGCCCAAACGCACCAAAAUUUCUUCAGAAAAUGCAAUCCCCGAGUUCAAGCAGAUGCUCUCUCGAGCUGAUAGCCUUGAGAUCAUCCACGAUGCUGUAAAGCAGAUGGCGGGUAUUGUUGAGAACCUCAUUCAACACAGUCUCGGGAAUGUGAAUUAUGAUCGCGUCAUUGAAAGUCUUGGAACGAUGCGCGAAGAGCUGGUGGAUUACGAAGAACCAGCACUCUACAACGACCUGAUCCACGCCCUGAAAGAUAAAAUUCUCAGGGAGGAGCUGGGUGGGGAUCGACUGGAGCUUUGGUGGCUUAUUAGGAAGGGUAAAUUGGGACCUAUCGAUCAGAAAACGUCGGAAGUUUCCACCGUCUCGGAGCAAGAAGCAAAAGAGUUUCUUUCUACCCAUGAAAGUCCCGGACUUCAUGUGUAG